GAGUUUUAAAUAUUUAAUAAGCAAACUCUUCUUCGGAGAAUUUUUUGAGAAUGUUUAUACAUCUUGUACAGAAGCUUUAAAUUUUUUUAAAUGUAGACAAGAGCUGUAAAAAAAAGUUUAUGACAGGAUAAGUUAUAAUACUAAAUGUAAAAAAUGCAUUCUGUGUCAUUUAAAGAAGAAGCAAGGAAUUCAUAUUUUAAGAGGUUAUGUCUCCCUCUUGUUUUUUCGUUUCUGUUUAUCUCUUUGCUAUCUUUGGUUGGUUACAUGUACACAAAUUCAGAGAAGGAAUUAGAGAAAGGGCUUGAAAGAUUACAGGCAAAAGAAGAUCACCUACAAGAAAUAUUAUCACAAGUAUCGUAUUCAGCUCCUAUCGAUCAGAAAAAAUUGCACCUUUACGCUAAGUUGUUAUCGAAUUACACGAAAAUUUUUCAACAGUUCAAAAAAGAAACCAGGAACCGGACCAAAGUUACACAGGCUCCGGAGAAGAAACCAUUUGCAGCUAUCCAGAUGGUGGGUAGAAACUACCAAAAACAACAAUCACAGAAAGAUACCGCUAUCUAUAAUUGGAAGACGACUCUACAAACUGGUAAUAUAUCCAGUUUUCAAGAUUCUUACAUUAUCAUAAAAUCUUCUGGUUACUACUAUGUUUACGCGCAGAUGUUCUUUUCUGAAAAUAAGGACUUCCGCAAAGACGUUCUACAAUUCUAUGUCAGAAAAAAUCGUCUAUCGAAAAUAGUAAAUGCAACCGUCCCUCGCAGUGCAUGUCAAACGUACUGUACCAAAUACAUUGCGCGUAUCGUCAAACUGACGAAAGAUGAUGACCUUUCAAUAGCUACUGCAGAUAGUGGCAUCAAUUUUAGCAUGUCUCCCGAUAAAGCUCAAUUCGGAGCAUAUUUAUUGAUGAAAGCGUAAAAGUUUGUCGUGUAUCCGUAACAUCAUGUUCGGGAUAUUAAAUAUCCAAACAUGAAUUUCGUGCACCAGGCUAGCCCAUUCCUGUUUUGUAAACGAUUACAAAAUUGCACAAUCGCCUCAAGAAUAGCUACAAUUUUAAGCAAUUGCGGAAGAUUUAAAAUAAUUGGUAUAAAUAAAAUAAAUACUUUAAAAAAUAAACAAACCAAUAUGUAAACGAUAAACUAUUUUGGCUAUGAUUUUUUUCCUAAACAAGUAAAAAUAAUUGGAGCGAAGCGCGAAGAAUCAAUCGUUUAUAUAAAAAGGAAUGCAUUAACAUAAAAGUAGAGGGUUAUUAGGUACAUUAGCAUGGUAACGAUAAGAUAAGAUUUAACAUUUUACACACGUACGAGUUUUAUGAUGUAGUAUGUGGUUCUGCAAAAUGUUUCUAACAAAAUAGUUGUAGUGGAAAA